UGCAGAGAAAGGGUGCAGAAUAUCUAGGAUUUAGACUAGGGGAUUUGGGGAAGGACAAGAGAUUCAAGAGGAAGCAGAGAGUAGAGCCUGACCAAGGUGGGAUGACCAGAGAAGCUCGGACGAAUGACAAGGGGGGUUCGGCUAGCCCUUUUACUUUGCAGGUGAGGAAACUGAGGCCCAGAGAGGUGAAAUGACAUGCCCAAGGGUGCUCAGCAGCCUUGGCCUUAUGUCAUGGGUUCAACCUGGACACUGAAAACGCAAUGAUCUUCCAAGAGAACGCAAGGGGCUUCGGGCAGACCGUGGUCCAGCUAGAGGGAUCCCGGGUGGUGGUUGGAGCCCCCCAGGAGAUAAAGGCUGCCAACCAAACAGGUGGCCUCUACCAGUGUGACUACAGCACGGGCAGGUGUGAGCCCAUCCGCCUGCAGGUCCCCCCGGAGUCUGUGAACAUGUCCCUGGGCCUGUCUUUGGCGUUCGCUACCAACCCUUUUCGGCUGCUGGCCUGCGGCCCCACCGUGCACCAAACCUGCAAAGAGAACACCUAUGUGAAUGGCUUCUGCUUCCUGUUUGGAGCCAACCUAUUGCAGCAGCCCCAGAGGUUCCCAGAGACCCUCAGAGAGUGCCCUCAGCAGGACAGUGACAUCGCCUUCUUGAUUGAUGGCUCUGGUAGCAUCACCCCAAGAGACUUUCAGCGGAUGAAGGACUUUGUCUCAACUGUGAUGGAUCAAUUCGAAAAGUCCAGAACCUUGUUCUCUUUGAUGCAGUACUCUGAAGACUUCCAGACUCAUUUCACCUUCAAGGAUUUCGCUAACAACCCUAACCCGAGAGCGCUGGUGAGGCCCAUAAGACAGCUGUUUGGGAGGACACACACUGCCACAGGAAUCCUCAAAGUAGUAAAAGAACUGUUUGACAGCAGCAGUGGAGCCCGGGAGAAUGCUCUUAAGAUCUUAGUUGUCAUCACGGAUGGAGAAAAGUUUGGCGAUCCCUUGGGUUACGAGGAUGUCAUCCCUGAGGCAGACCAAGCGGGAGUCAUUCGCUAUGUCAUUGGGGUGGGAGAUGCCUUCAACAGUGAGAAAUCCCGCCAAGAGCUUAAUACCAUUGCAUCCAAGCCAUCUCGUGAUCAUGUGUUCCGAGUGAAUAACUUUGAAGCUCUGAAGACCAUUCAGAACCAACUUCAGGAAAAGAUUUUUGCAGUCGAAGGUACUCGGACAGGAAGUGCCAGCUCCUUUGAGUAUGAGAUGUCUCAGGAAGGGUUCAGUGCUGCCAUCACCUCUAGUGGUCCUUUGCUGGGCGCUGUGGGGAGCUUUGACUGGGCUGGUGGAGCCUUUCUGCGUACAUCAAAGGAUAAAUUCACCUUCAUCAACACAACCAGGGUAGAUUCGGACAUGAAUGAUGCUUACUUGGGUUAUGCUGUCGAAGUCAUCUUGCGGAGCCCAGUGCAAAGCUUUGUUAUGGGGGCGCCUCGACAUCAGCACACUGGCCUGGUGGUGAUGUUCAAACAGAAUGCUGGUGCCUGGCAGACCAACAGUCGCAUCAAGGGCAGCCAGAUCGGCUCCUACUUCGGGGCCUCCCUGUGCUCUGUGGAUGUGGACAGAGAUGGCAGCUCCGACCUGGUCCUCAUUGGGGCUCCCCAUUUCUAUGAGCAAACCCGGGGGGGCCAAGUGUCUGUGUGCCCCUUGCCCCGGGGGAGGGGUAAGUGGCAGUGUGAGGCUGUUCUCCGUGGGGAGCAGGGCCACCCCUGGGGCCGCUUUGGGGCAGCCCUGACAGUGCUGGGGGAUGUGAAUGGGGACAAGCUGACGGAUGUGGCCAUUGGGGCCCCGGGAGAGCAGGAGAACCAGGGUGCCAUCUAUCUAUUUCACGGAACCUCACGACGUGGCAUCAGCCCCUCCCACAGCCAGCGGAUUGCAGGCUCCCAGCUCGUCCCUAAGCUCCAGUAUUUUGGUCAGUCAUUGAGUGGGGGCCAGGACCUCACAAUGGAUGGACUGGUGGACCUGGCUGUAGGGGCCCAGGGGCGUGUGCUGCUGCUCAGGUCCCAGCCAGUGCUCACAGUCGAGGCGACCAUGGAGUUCACACCUACGGAAGUGGCAAGUAAUGUGUUUGAAUGUCGUGAUCAGGUGGUGAGAAAUCAGACUGCUGGGGAGGUCAGAGUCUGCCUCCGUGUGCACAAGAGCACACGGGACCGGCUGAGAGAAGGAGAGAUCCAGGGCAUCGUCACAUAUGACCUGGCUCUGGACCCAAGUCGCCAAAAACGCCGGGCCGUCUUUGAUGAAACAAAGAACAGCACACGCAGACAGAUACAGACCUUGGGGCUGAAUAAGAAAUGUGAGACUCUGAAGCUACAGAUAGAGAAUUGUGUAGAGGAUCCAGUGACCCCCAUCGUCCUGCGCCUGAACUUCUCUCUGGUGGGGAAGCCCUUGUCCUCUUUUGGGAACCUCCGGCCAGUGCUGGCUGUGGACGCUCAGAGAUUCUUCACAGCCUCGCUUCCCUUUGAGAAGCAUUGUGGCAAUGACACGAUCUGCCAGGAUGACCUCAGCAUCACCUUCAGUUUUGUGAGCCUGAACACCCUGGUGGUGGGUGGUCCCCGGGAAUUCAAUGUGACAGUGACUGUGAAAAACCAGGGUGAGGACUCCUACAGGACUCAGGUCACCUUCUUCUACCCGUCUGGCUUGUCCUAUCGGAAGAUGUCAGGGAUCCAGCUCUCACAGCGAUCCUCGUGCCUGAACUGUGACUCUACCUCCACCGAAGAGCCUGGGGCCUUGAAGAACUGCAGCUGCAACAUAAACCACCCCAUCAUCCCAGACAACUCUGAGGUCACCUUUAAUAUCACAUUUGAUGUGAACUCUACUGCAUCUCUUGGAAACAGACUACUCCUCAAGGCCAGUGUGACCAGUGAGAACAACAUGCCCAGGACCAACAAAACUGAAUUCCAGCUGGAGCUGCCUGUGAAAUACGCUGUCUCCAUGGUGGUCACCAGCCGUGAGGUCUCUACCAAAUAUCUCAACUUCACAGCCUCAGAGGACAUCAGCCGCAUUAUAAACCAUGAGUAUCAGUUCAAAAACUUGGGGCAGAGGAGCCCCCCCAUCAGUGUGGUCAUCUGGGUCCCCAUCCAGCUGAACCAGGUGGCCGUGUGGGACCACCCCCAGCUUACCUUCCCUCAGAACUUUUCCAGUACGUGCCACACCGAGGUGAGGGAACCUCCUGUCUCUGACUUCCUGGCAGAGCUUAAGAAGACCCCAGUGCUGAACUGCUCCAUUGCUGUCUGCCAGAGAAUCCAGUGUGACAUCCCGUCCUUUGGCAUCCAGCAAGAAUUCAACAUCGCCAUCAAAGGCAACCUCUCGUUUGACUGGUAUAUCAAGACUUCGCAUAACUACCUUCAGGUUGUGAGCACAGUGGAGAUCUUGUUUAAUGAUUUGAUAUUUGCCCUGCUUCCAGGACAGGAGGAAUUUGUGAGGGCUCAGACGGAGACGAAAGUGGAGCCGUAUGAAGUGCAUGACCCUCUACCGCUUAUCGUGGGCAGCUCGGUCGGGGGGCUGGUGCUCCUGGCCCUCAUCACUGCCGGAUUGUACAAGCUUGGCUUCUUCAAACGGCAGUACAAGGACAUGAUGAGUGAAGCUUCGUCAUCCCAGUAACGGCUCCUUCCCCACUGAGUGGCCUCUCCUGCAGCAGGCAAGACUUUGGUUAGACCAACAGCAGGUCCCCAGACUGCUGGACAGACACAUCCAUUAGGAGAGGGGGGCGGUGAUGUCUCACUCAGGAAAGACCUGCUUGGGUUUCCAUUCGUGUGUGUGUGCAAGUGUGUGCAUGAGUGUUUGUGUGAGUUGUAUGUGUGACUCAGAUGUCUCUUGCAUGGGGACAGGUGCAUUCAGCACAACCUCUCAGGCAGAAGGGAAUUGCUUGGGCUUCUUUGUGUGUGGGUGAAGGUGCCGUUGGGCCUUCCUCUGGGACAGAGGUGAUGGCAGCUCUUGUGGGUGAACAGAAAGGGAGAUGCAACAGAUCCUCUCCCUGCUGGAGGAAGUGAGACCUCCUAUUGUGAGUGAGCACGCAGACCUGCAGCAGCCUGUGCAGCUGGGACUGAGACCACAUGGAGAAUCCGUGUUGGAACCAGGAUCUGGUCAGCCAAGAGGGGCCUGUCCAACUCAUUCCACACUAGAGCUAAAUACGUCCAAUGAGCAAUGAUGCACCUCCCUUUAUCCAUUUAUUUAUUAUUUUAAUGUUACUCUUAUUUUUUGAAUGGAUAAAACUAUCACAGUACAAAAAUCAAAGAUGUGCAGGGGUGUGUGGUGAAAAGUCUCCCUUCCAUCCUGGUCCCCCCGGCCAUUCAAGUCCCUCCUAAAGGACAGUCAAGAUUAUGUGUUUUUGGGUCACACACACACACACACACACAAGCUUUUUUACACAAACGGUAGCAUAUGUCAUUUAUACUGUUCUGCAUCUUGCUUUUCCAUUAAUAUAGCCCAGACAUUGUUACAUAUCAAGACUUAAAAUACUUUUUCAUUCUUUUAUACAGCUGCAUAGUAUUCCAUUAUGUGGGUGGAUUAUAAUGCAUUUAACCAGUCUCCUUUUGAUAUAUUAUUUCCAACCUCUCACAAUUACAAAUAAUGGUGAAUUAAUAAACUGAAUAUAUAUCA